UGCAAACUGAGGGACAACAAGACCUUCUCUCAAGCUCUCCAGAUACGGUACAAUCUUGUGGCUGGAGACGAAGCAUUGAAGUCUUGUUUCGGAGCGUUUUCAGUCGGAGACAGGAUGCACAUGAUUAUUUGACGCGACUAUAGGAGAUAUUUACCUAUAUCACCACAUCAUUCUUUACUUUGUGGUCUUCUUCUGUGUGAAUUAAGAAUGUUCUUGGACAUUUUAAUUUGGUGUAUGAUAGCACUGGACACCACGCGCAUCGCAUCAUCUCUGGAGUUACAACCUGACAUGCCUAAUGUGUGUGCGGAGCAGGAGUUGUCCAUGCUGGGUGCACGCCAGCCCUGUGUCCAGGCCUUCACUCGGAUGGUCAAGGUCUGGAAGCAAGGCUGCACCGGCCACCGCUGGUGUGUUGGCUACGAAAGGAGAACAGGCUACUACACAGCCUACAGGCAGGUGUACAGUAUGGAUGUGCACAGGGUGACCAGGUGCUGCCCUGGGUGGACACAGAGGGGCAAGGAGAGGGGAUGUUUGCACCGGGUGUGUGCUGCUAAUACCUGCUUCAAUGGGGGCAGGUGUGAUGAGGGAGGUGACCAGAUCUGUCAGUGUCCUGUAGGCUUCCAAGGAACACGCUGCCAGUAUGAUGUCAACGAGUGCUCGACAGCUAACGGCGGCUGUGAGGGACAUUGCUGCAACACCAUUGGAAGCUUCUACUGCAAGUGCCCCGAGGGCAGACGACUGGGCCCUGAUGACAAGGCCUGUCAGGACGCGAAUGAGUGUGAGGAGCUGAAUGGCGGCUGCCAGCAGACCUGUGUGAACACGGCAGGCUCCUACCACUGUGAGUGCAGUCAGGGCUUCCGCAUGCACACUGAUGGAAGGACCUGCAUUGCUGUGAACUCCUGCUCGGUGAAGAAUGGUGGCUGUGAACAGAAGUGUGUGGACAUGGGCAACGACCACUACAAGUGCGAGUGUCGUACGAACUACCAGCUGAAGAGGGAUGGGAAGCACUGCGAGUUGAGGGACCCCUGUGUGGACAGGAAUGGAGGCUGUGCUCAGCUAUGUCAUUCUGUGGACGGUGAAACUGAGUGCAGCUGCAGACCAGGGUACACACUGGCCAGAGACAGCCAGGGCUGUGAGGACAUAGAUGAGUGCAGCUCGGGCCAGGCCAUGUGUGCCCAUCGCUGUGUCAACACCCUGGGCUCUUUCAGCUGUGUGUGUAACCCUGGCUUUGAGCUGGGCGCUGACGGAAAACAGUGCUACCGCAUUGAGAUGGAGAUCGUGAACAGCUGUGAGAAGAACAAUGGAGGAUGCUCCCACCACUGUGAACACACCACCAACGGACCCCUCUGCUCCUGUAACCAAGCAUACCAACUGGCUGAGGACAGGAAGACCUGUGUGGACAGUGAUGAGUGUGAGAGUGGGGAGGCGUGCUGCAGUCAUUUCUGUAAGAACUACCCAGGGGGCUAUGAGUGCAGCUGCAAGGCAGGCUACAGGCUCCAUGCAGAUGGCUGUGGCUGCAAUGAUAUUGAUGAGUGCCUGGCAGAGAGUUCUGUCUGUGAACACUACUGUGUGAACACACUGGGGACCUACGAGUGUUUCUGCAGAAUGGGCUUCCGUUUGGACAACGACCAGAGAGCCUGCAUCUCGCUGUACGACAGUGACCUGGAUGACGAUGAAGAGGAGGAUGACCCAGAGGAGGAUCUGGAAGUGCACCGGUUGCCAGAUUUGCUAUUCCGACGCCCCCCUCAGCUCCUGCAGUACACUGCAGCCCUGCACUCACCCUAUAGUGAUGAUGAGGAGGAAGAGGCACAGAGGGGGGAACUCACCCUGGUCAGCCACAUAGUGUGUCUAGAUGAUUCCUUUGGGGAUGACUGUGGUGUGAGCUGUGCUGACUGUGAGAACGGAGCAGCGUGUGGGGCGGACAGAGACCGCUGUGAAUGUACACCUGGAUGGACUGGCGUCAUCUGCAACGAGACUUGUCCUGUAGGGACCUAUGGACAGGCCUGUAACAGCCUGUGUCGAUGCCAGAAUGGGGGCUCCUGUGAACCAGUGACCGGGAGGUGUGUUUGCCCUCCAGGGGUGCAGGGCCAGCUCUGUGAGGACGGUUGCCCACAAGGAUACUUUGGGAAACACUGUAGGCGGAGGUGUAACUGCCCCAACAACGGGCGCUGCCACCGUCUCUAUGGAGCCUGCCUGUGUCUCCCGGGGCUGUACGGGCGCUUCUGCCACCUGCCUUGUCCCAGGUGGACCUAUGGUGUCGGCUGCUCUGAGGAGUGUGACUGUGUUCUGGACCAUUCCUUGGGCUGCCAUCCCAAGAACGGGACCUGUCUGUGCAAACCUGGCCACCAUGGCUCUCAGUGUCAGCAAGAGUGUGAUCCAGGGUUCUAUGGUAGUGGCUGUGGCCAUCAGUGUGACUGUCCAGGUGGGGCGACCUGUGACCCUAGGAGUGGAGAGUGCACCCGGAGGUGUCCUGCAGGGCUCCAUGGGAACCUGUGUCAGCUGGCCUGCAGUGCUGGUCAGUUCGGGGAGAACUGCCUCCUGACCUGUGUGUGUGGAGGAGCACCCUGUGACCCCAUGACAGGAGAGUGUAUCUGCCCUGUUGGGAAGACAGGAAAUGCCUGUCAACAUGACUGCCCAGAGGGAUUAUGGGGGUUGAAGUGCCAGUUCCCAUGUAGAGCGUGUGAGAACGGCGCUUCCUGCAACACGCAGACAGGAGUCUGUGACUGCAACCCUGGGUACACAGAACAACUCUGCCAGACUGUGUGUCCACCAGGGUCCUAUGGGCCAGGCUGUGUGAGUGCCUGUGUCUGUCAUCCUGAUGCCAGCUGUGACCCUGUCACUGGACACUGUACAUGUCCCCCGGGUCGAACAGGACACGGCUGCACUACGCCCUGUGAGGAGGGGUCCUGGGGCUCUGAGUGCUCCAACAGGUGCCGUUGUGCAGACCGAGCCCUGAGUUGUGAUGUAGUGACUGGACGCUGUGUGUGUGAGGCUGGUUUCACUGGAGACCACUGUGAACAGAAGUGUGUGGAGGGCAGCUAUGGUUGGGGCUGUGCCCUGGACUGUCAGUGUCAGCACGGGGCUCUGUGUGACCAUGUGAGUGGAGCCUGCACCUGCUCCUCUGGAUGGACCGGAAGCUUCUGUGAGAAAAUGUGCCCGGACGGGUUUUACGGUCUUGAAUGUGGCCAGAUGUGCGAGUGCAGGAACGGUGCCCGCUGCCACCACAUCACAGGAGCCUGCCUCUGCACCCCUGGCUGGUCGGGACCACACUGCAUUCUGGACGUGCAAACGUAUGGAUUUGGCCAAUAUCCCAAGCAAGACAUACAAGACAAGGAUGUUGAAGCCAUAUCUCUCCAUCGAUCAGCCUGCCCUGAGGGUGGUUUCGGGAAGAACUGCAGCCGGAGCUGUGAGUGUCAGAACGGGGCCACCUGUGACCACAUCAGCGGCCGCUGCAGCUGUGGAGCCGGAUGGACCGGAGCCAGAUGCCAAGAGGCCUGUCCUGCUGGGAGGUAUGGAGAGGACUGUUCCCAGCUGUGUCUGUGCCAGCAUGGAGGCUUCUGUGACAGCGUGACUGGCCAGUGUUCCUGCCCCAGAGGAUGGACCGGAGCAGCCUGCGAGCUGGACUGUGGGGAGGGGUCCUAUGGAGAGGGGUGCACACAAACCUGCAGCUGUCAGAACAGAGGGGCGUGUGGCAGAGUGACUGGGGGGUGUAGCUGUCCUCCUGGCUGGACUGGAGAGCACUGUCAGACAAGUGACCUGACAUCACUGCUUCCAAAUGCAAGAGCCUGCCCAGACGGUCUCCAUGGAGAAGGGUGUGAGCAGAGGUGUCAGUGCGGCCACGGGACAAGCUGCCACCGUGUGACAGGCAGGUGUGAAUGUCCCCCAGGAUGGAGAGGGGCCCAGUGCGACAAACCCUGCCUGUCUGGGGUCUACGGUGCUUCCUGUGCCCAGCGGUGUCAGUGUCAGUCUGGGUCGUCCUGCCACCACGUUACUGGGACAUGUGGCUGCCCUGCUGGUCUCACUGGGAAGGGCUGUGAGGAGACGUGUCCAUCAGGUGUGUUCGGGCUGAACUGUAGCCAGAUGUGCCAGUGUUCUGGGGACCAUGAGCAGUGUCACCCUGUCACUGGAAGGUGUACCUGUCUGCCUGGUUACUACGGAAACCACUGUGAACUCAAGUGUCGUGAGGGGUCAUAUGGGCCAAACUGCAAGGCCAGAUGUAAGUGCAACAAUGGCGGCCGCUGUGACACCAAGACAGGGACCUGUGAGUGCCCACCUGGCUUCCUAGGAGCUGACUGCAGCAUUGGUUGUCCGGCGGGGCGCUCUGGGCAGGACUGUGCCCAUCUGUGUUCCUGUGGGGAGGGAGGGCAGUGCCACCCUGUGACUGGGAGGUGUAUCUGUGCCCCAGGUAAUAUCGGGCAGUCCUGCCAGCAAGCUUGUCCUAGGGGGCGCUAUGGCCUGCAGUGCAGGAACACGUGUGUGUGUCGGAACGGAGCGCUGUGUGAGGCCAGGGACGGGACUUGCAGGUGCGGGCUGGGCUGGACGGGACCACGCUGUGAGACAGUGUGUGUCCAGGGGAAGUACGGGUCAGACUGUGCACUGGAUUGUCCCUGCCAGAACAACGGGACAUGUGACCGCUUCACUGGCUGUUGCAGCUGCACUGCCGGACACUAUGGACACUCCUGUGAACACCGGUGUCCCUCUGGAUUCUUCGGACAGAACUGUGCCCGUCCGUGUGACUGCCGGGCGGGACAGACAUGUGAUCAUGUGACGGGCCGGUGUGUGUGUCCGCCUGGCUACCGUGGCUCCCUGUGUCAGAGACGGUGUGAGGCUGGCAAGUUUGGGUAUGGCUGUCAGCAGUCAUGUGACUGUGUUGGGGGGGCCCCCUGUCAUCCAGCCAUGGGACAGUGUCUCUGCCCCCCAGGGAAGACUGGACAGAGAUGUGAAAAAGACUGUGGAAGAGAUCGUUUUGGUCUGGACUGCUCCCUGCAGUGCCAGUGUUCCCAUCGGGCCCAGUGUGAUGCUCGUAAUGGCCGCUGCCUGUGUCCUGUUAUCUGGCUGGGCCCCACAUGUACAGAAGGACUACUAGAAACUGCAGAGGUCCCAGCGUUGGGCUUCUCUCCCUCCCCGAAGAAGCCGUCUGGUCUUUCCCACUCGUAGCGCACUGGAGGCCCCACAUCCCAAACUAGAUGUCCCAAAUACCCCCGCAAGACGUCUCAAACACUGAACACUCAGCAAGGUUCCCCAAAUAUGCAAUCGGGCAUCCUAGGGAGUCAAGGGAAGGCUGUGUACAGUUGGACAGAUGGAUAGAUGGACAGAGUUAUACAGCCAGAAGGUGAUUCAGGUCUGGACCAGACACACAAGGCAAUGUAUUCUUAUGUCUACACCCGUAUUCUGCACAUUUGGUUGAGAAAUGUGCGGUGGCUCUUUGUGAGCCUGUAGAAAGGUGCAAAAUGCCGGUUUAGUUCGAGAGAGAGAGCAGGCUACACAAGCACCUGGAACAUUGAUGUGCUGCUGGUGGUGGACAUUGGAAAUGUCACCUGAGCUCUAUUGUGCUCCCUGCCUGAUUGUCUCAGGACUGGACCCUUGCCCCAAGUCAACUGUUCUAGCCUGUCAUUAACCACAGGUCAAACACUUCCUGUACAUUCACAACGUCUCUGUCCUCACCCCAAUGCGGCUUUGGGAAGCCAAGUACAGGGGUGGGCACUACGGUGCUGGAGGGGCACAGUGUGUGCAGACCAUCACUAUCACACAUGAUUAAUAAAGACCACGGUUAGGUGAUUAGUGGAAUCGGGUGUGUUAGAGCUGGGCCGGAACAAAAGCCUGCAGCCUCCUAUUGCUUACCCGUGGCCUACCCUCAGAGCCAUUGGUCAGACUGACAUGGGAACAACAGCCAUCACUCCCGAAGUGUCCACUGGUACUGUCUCUCCUUUUGACGCCACUCUGUCAUACUAUCAUAUCAUACACAGUGAGACUAUUUUGUGUUGUAUUUUACUGGUUUCGUUUGACAGUGUGUGUGCCUGAUUGCUUGUCAUAAAGUGUUAAUAUAUUUAGAAAUGGCUUUUAGUUGUUCGUUCGAUUUGAUAGGAUCACUUACUGCACUGUCAGAUCAGGGAAGUCACAUGUCAAUUCAUUACUGCUGUUACUGUCUGUUACGGUAAGUGCUUCAGUUCAAUGGCACUAUGACCUAUAGACGUCUUAGCCAAGUAGUCAGUAUAUUUUCAUCUAGAAGGGUUUUUAGAAUAUUGCAAAGCAUUUGAACUGUACAUCGGGAUACUGCCAUUCAUACCACUCAUAACAUGUACUGUACUAUGUGCCUGAUGGCAGGCUUUAUGUAUAUGGUGCUAUUUUGAUACAUCUUGAAUUUCUAUCAAAUUCUCUUUUUACUA